AGCAGCGGGGGCGCGUUGGCUGAAUAAUGGCGGAGCGAAUGGGGUUGCUGCGCCUCGAACAAUAACCACAACUGCACGAACUUAAUUCAGUUGGAGGCCGCGGACCGACUCGCUCUAACCUGUAAGCGUGACUGGAGCUCCUUCUGUAGAAUUGUCGGCGCGCACGGGACUACGGCGAUGGACGAGACGCUCGGCUUGGUCGGGAAAAGAGUGCUGCUCCUCUUCAAGGAUCCCGCCUGCUCAUCCGCCGAGCCUGACCGUGACCAGCAGCGUGAAUGGCUACGCGGUACUGUGCGGGCGGUCCGCGGCUUGGAAGGGGUCGGAGCGAGCGCUGCGGGCUCAUCGGCUUUGUCGGUGUUUGUGGAGUUUGAAGAUGUGCGCUGGAAAAGGAAUUCCUGGGUCAAAGUGUAUGCAGAAGAUGUUCAGGCCUUCUUGCUGGAGACCUCCAUUGUCUGGGCACCUCGUUCAGAGCCAGUCCUUAUUCAGGAGGUUGGGAUUCCGGUAACCCGCUGGCCAGCUCUUGUUUUCCAGCCUUUGGUCGACAAGCUGGGCCUGUCAUCUCUUAUCCCUGUGGAGUUCUUUGUAGACCGGGUCAUGGGAUUUGUUACUGACAGAGGCACUCUGCAGAGGUUUGAGCUGGAGGACGAUCUGCGAAGUAAGCUUGUGCAGGAGCACUCGGUGCUGCAAGUGGCACUGACGAGCUGGCUGAGCGAGUUGAAACUGCAGGAGAUCCUGAGGAGAGGACCCUACACUAUCCAGGGCCAGAGAGUGAAGUUGUAUCAACCAGAAUAUGAAGGACAUUGGGUGUCGGGGAUGGUGUCACAGCACAAUCCAGUCUCCCACAUCAUGGAAAUCACUAUUGCUCAGGGUGAAGAAACAAAAGUUGUUGAUCCUCGAACAGUUCAUGUAACUUUGGCAGAUGGCAUUCUUGAUGAGUCUUUGAGUGGCAAAAAGUGCCGGCGUAGGAAAGAGGGAGACUUAAAAGCUGAUGGGAGGAGAAGAAGAAACACAUCAGAUAGUGAGCCCGAGACAGGGAUGAAGAAGUUAAAGAGUGGGGAGAAAAGUGAAGCGGACAGCAGUGGCAGUGAAGGAGGGGAGAAUGGACUGGGGUCCUGGAAGUCAAGUUGUGCAAGUAGCUCAGUUGUCCUGCCUCCCAGUACUGCAUCUCCAAAUAUGGCAGCUCACACUUCUUCACAGGUACACCCGAAUAUCCGGUUUGCCACUUACACCAAAGAAAAUGGCCGGACGGUGGUUGUGCAAGAUCGACCUGUGGCAGUAGACCCUGCUGUUUGUUCCCCAUUUUCCUCCACUGUUUUCCCUUCUGUUGGUCAAAAAUCUCUGGGAUCGGGCCUUCCUGCACAACAGCUGAAGGAAAAGCUUUUGCCAGUAGACCUGCCUGAGAAAGAGAAUGCUUGUGCUUCUCCUGUGGCACUGGGGGGGUUCCCUCCAACAGCGGGGCCUAUACCAACCGCAGUCCGGAUUACAGAUAGUGGAACCAGUGUGGCCGGUUUUGCUGGACAGAAGACGAGCAGCUGGGCCGCUGGGCAGAAGGAGAGUCCUAUGAACCCGGUAAUUGCAGCAACGGGCUUUCAGAUGUCCCCAAGUCAGCCUGUGUCUGUGCCAGCCUUUGGAGAGGUCCGGGCUCAGACUAAUGGAUCAGCUGGCCAGGAAAGUAAGCCUUUUGGCUUCCAGUUCAACAGUGGCACAGAAGAAUCUAGCAAGGACAGUGACUCCUCAAAUAAUAUAUUCUUCCAGUGCAUGGCACAAAAUGUGCCCCAGAGCAACUAUUUCACCUCCAUUUCUGAAAGCCUUGCAAAAGAGCCACCAGCUUUGAACUUAUUUAAGUCUGCGGCCCCAGAGUCCCCGAAGAGCAGCUUAUUUGGUGGGGCAGUAGUGGCUCCCUCCAAAGACUCGACAAGACAAGACUCGAAACCAACAGGAAAUGGGGCGGACUUGGGAAAACUGUUCAACCCAGAUGCUAUGCCUAAACUCACUCCUGCAUUUCCUGGGAGUAGUUCGGGGCUUGUAAGUGGUGCUAAACCUAAAGAACCGCAUGAAAAUCUCUUUUUACAGCCGCCUAAGCUAUCUCGUGAAGAACCCUCCAACCCAUUUCUGGCCUUUGCUGAAAAGCUUACUCACAGCCCUUUUAGUGGACUUCCAUCAGCUCAGCCCUCAACCAGCACUCCGGCCUCAACUACAACUUCUGUUAUUGUUCGUCCACCAGCUACCUCUAUUUGGCCUCCCAAGGCCUCCAUGUUAUCUGCAGACAGUUCCACUGUACAUGGUGAAAAUAAGAACAAUCUUUUUUCCCUUGCUAAUGCUUCUAGGGGCCUUGUGUCUUCUCCAUUUUUGGCCUUUUCCUCUGGUACCACGGCAGUUUCUAUACAAAGGCCCACCAUCUUAGGAACUACCUGUGAAACCAGUUCAUCUGAAGCCACCCUGUCACAGGCUUUAGAAAUGCCUACACUGUCUUCUAGCCCAACUGAGGUUGGUCCCAUUGACAACAGAAUGUGUGGACCUGGGCAAGAAGGUGGCUGUUCUCUUGUUAACCCUUCACAAGAGUCUGCAAUUCAGCAUCUCAGUUUUUCAAGUUUCAAAUCAACCUCUGCUCCAUUGAUGGAGUCCAGACAGCUGUUUAGCCAGAUGCAUCACAAAUUUGCCCUUGAUGAGCGUAGUGUGGCAUCCAGACAUGACUCGGACUCGAGCAGUAACAGUGACCUGUCAGACCUGAGUGACACAGAAGAGCAGCUUCAGGUUAAGUCGAAGGAGCAUGGGCAUCUGGGAUCAAACUUUGGGAAUGUCAUGCUAGAAAAAGGGAAGGGAAAAGGUAUUGGGAAAAGUCGACCUCGCAACAAACCCCUGAAAGUUGGUCAGUCUGUUCUGAAGGAUAUGAUAAAGGUGCGCAAGCUGAAGCAGUCUGGCGAGUCUUUUCUACAGGAUGGUUCCUGUAUCAAUGUAGCACCCCACCUACAUAAGUGCCGAGAGUGUCGUCUUGAAAGGUAUCGCAAAUUUCGAGAACAGGAGCAGGAUGAGGAAGACUCCACUGUGGCCUGCCGAUUCUUCCAUUUUCGCAGGUUGGCCUUCACAAGGAAAGGUGUGCUGCGAGUGGAAGGCUUUCUAAACCCCCAGCAAAGUGACCCACACGCCAUGAGCCUUUGGAUUCCCUCAUCCGUUAUCCCUGAAGGUCUUGAUUUAGAGACUUCAAAAUACAUCCUGGCCAAUGUGGGCGAUCAGUUUUGCCAGCUUGUCAUGUCUGAGAAAGAAGCCAUGCUGAUGGUAGAGCCUCAUCAAAAAGUAGCGUGGAAGCGGGCAGUCCGUGGAAUCCGAGAAAUGUGUGAUGUGUGUGAGACUACGCUCUUCAACAUUCACUGGGUGUGCCGAAAAUGCGGAUUUGGUGUAUGCCUUGAUUGCUACCGUCUACGGAAGAGCCGUCCUCAUGAUGAUUCUGAUGAUAUACCGGAGGAUGAGGUGUUUUCUUGGUUGAAGUGUGCAAAGGGACAACCUCAUGAGCCGCAAAACCUCAUGCCAACUCAGAUCAUUCCUGGCACCGCGCUAUAUACAAUUGGGGAUCUUGUCCAUGCAGCACGAGGUAAAUGGGGUAUCAAAGCCAACUGCCCCUGUACCAGCAGACAGAGCAAGCCUCUGCAAAGACCAGCUGCCCCAAAUGGUGUUUCCCAGCAGUCCACUACAAACUCAAGUAGCAGUGCAACUGAUCUUGAUCCAGCAAAUGCAAAUGGUGUAUGGACAAGUGGGCCUCCAUUCCCAGGAGGGGCCGGUGACAUGCCCGUUUCAGAAGAAAAUACUGAGACAGGAGAAAGCAGCAGCGAUAGCACCAGUAAGAGUAACAGUGUCCCUACAAGCUCGUCAAGCAUCAGGGACAGUCGGCAAACUGUUGGAGACACUGCACCCUCCUCUGCUUUACACUGGCUCGCAGACCUGGCAACCCAGAAGGCGAAAGAAGAGACAAAAGAUCCUGGUUCACUUCGCUCAGUCCUUAGCAAGGAAUCCCGUUCUCCUUUUGCCUUGGAGUCCUUCAAUUCCCUUUCAAAGUCCUCGUCCUCUCCAAAACUGUUCAACAGCUUGCUCCUUCGCUCUGGUGUCUCAAACACUAAAACUGAGGGGUCUAGUCUGCGGGACCUCCUAAAUUCUGGGCCAGGAAAACUUCCUCAGGGUGUAUCGGAAGGUGGAAUUCCAUUCCCUUCAGUGUUUUCCUCAUCUUCUGCUGGAGAGAAAGGAAAAGGCAGCCUGCCAAACUUCUUAGAUCACCUAAUUGCUUCAGUGGUGGAGACGAAGAAGACCUCGGAGGUUAAAAAGGCUGACAACUCAGCAGAGAUGCAAAAAGAAGUCAAGAAAGAAAGCAUGAUGGGCCUAAGUGUGUUGGACCCCAACACCUCCCACUCUUGGCUGUGUGAUGGACGCCUGUUAUGUCUCCAGGACCCCAGUAACAGCAGCAACUGGAAGAUUUUCCGAGAAUGUUGGAAACAAGGGCAGCCUGUGCUAGUUUCUGGCGUGCACAAAAAACUGAGAGGAGAGUUGUGGAAACCCAAUGCAUUCAGCCUGGAAUUUGGUGACCAAGAUGUAGACCUGGUGAACUGCCGCAACUGCGCCAUCAUCUCAGACGUCAAGGUCCGCGACUUCUGGGACGGGUUUGAGGUCAUCUCAAAACGCUUACGUGGAGAAGACGGGAGCCCCAUGGUUUUGAAACUUAAAGACUGGCCUCCAGGGGAGGACUUCAGAGAUAUGAUGCCAGCCAGAUUUAAUGACCUAAUGGACAACCUUCCCUUGCCAGAAUACACUAAGAGAGAUGGGAAAUUAAAUCUUGCUUCAAGAUUGCCUGAUUUCUUUGUGCGGCCUGACCUUGGUCCAAAGAUGUAUAACGCUUAUGGGCUAAGCACUCCCGAGGACCGUAAAGUUGGAACCACAAACCUUCACCUGGAUGUAUCUGAUGCUGUGAAUGUUAUGGUUUAUGUGGGAAUUCCAGAGGGAGAUGGUCUAGAAAGUGAUGAGGCAGAUGUCACUGGAUCUAAAGAGGUGUUGAAAACCAUAGAAGAAGGAGAUGUUGAUGAAAUGACGAAGCGAAGAAUCUAUGAAGGAAAAGAGAAGCCAGGAGCCCUUUGGCACAUCUAUGCCGCCAAAGAUGCAGAAAAAAUUCGAGAGUUGCUUCGCAAAUUUGGAGAAGAACAGGGCCAAGAAAACCCAGCAGAUCAUGACCCAAUUCAUGACCAGAGCUGGUAUUUGGAUCAGAUUCUUCGAAAACGCUUGUAUGAAGAGUAUGGCGUACAGGGCUGGUCCAUCAUUCAGUUCUUGGGAGAUGCUGUGUUCAUUCCUGCUGGAGCACCCCACCAGGUGCACAAUUUGUAUAGCUGUAUUAAGGUGGCAGAAGACUUUGUCUCACCAGAACAUGUAAAGCACUGUUUCAGAUUAACACAGGAAUUCAGGCAUCUCUCCAACACGCACUCAAACCAUGAAGACAAACUACAGGUGAAGAACAUUAUCUAUCAUGCAGUCAAAGAUGCAGUGGGAACACUGAAAGCUCAUGAAUCAAAAGUGGCUCGAUCUUAGCAGAAGAUCUGCGGUGACUAAACUGGUUCAGACAGAUUGUAUGUAACACAAGACACAAGAGGCAGAGCGGAGAGAACGGUGCAUUGUUGGGGACGUAGCCCGAGACUCGUCAAGUCAAGCACUUCAAUGCAGUAUUAAACAGGAACCGGAAAUCGAGAGAAGCCGAGGACUCCAUUGGUCACGCUCUGUUCACUCCCAGGCUGUGAACUUUGGUGAAAGAUGCAGUAUCCCUUUCAGUUUUCAAGUGUAGAAGGUUCUCAUUUGCUUCAGUUUUGGAUAGAUAACAACAUUUCUUUAAUAGUUCUAUACCCUCUUAGAUUAAAGUGGUUUGUUUCCUUGUUGCCGCUGUUUUAACUCCAAAAUAAUUUAAAAAAAAUGUCCAAAUUACUGUGGCAAUCGACUGUUGAGAGCAGACUCAAGUUAGUUGUCAAGCAUUUAUUAGGGCACUUUGGAUGAUGAUGAUGUUCACUAAAUGUUACAAGACACAGAGCAAAGUGUGUUUUGUUUUUUGGAUUAAUUGAUUUGUGGCCCUCAGUUCCUUUGUUCUGAAAGUCUGAAUUGUCAUAAUGUUUAACUUCUGGGAAAGAGAAGCUGCAUCUUCAGCUGAUUUGGGGGUUCAAGUCAGACAUUGACAGCCUCAGUGUGUGCCGACCCUGAUGAUCAUACCGCAUAGGACUAAAGUCUUAGCUGACUGUAGGUGAUUUCUAGUUCUAAAGUAUCACUUUCUGUUUCUCCUUUUUUUAAGCAUUUUUAUGAAGUACACUUUUGAUAAAAAAAAAAAAAAAAAAUGACACAUUUAGAAGGGACUCCCACUCUUCAGACAAGAUUCAGUCUUCCUGUGACAUGAGGCUCUGCAUAUUGGUAGUUGUCGAGACAUCCCAGCAUUGAUCAGCACAUACAUGUGUGAAGCGUGUUCGGAGGGGGGGGGCACCACACCACAGGCGUGUUUCAUUGUGUUCCUCCCUCGAGUUUUGGUGCUGACGUGUCAUUCCUCAUAUUAGGUCUUGAGGGAAACAUAAAAGGUAGAAAGUGUUUCAUUUUAACCGAUUCCUGCCCAGACCUACCUGGGGCACGUCAUUGAAGUAGGCAGGGGAAUCCACCGCAGGCAGCUCACUUCACUUUGGAGCUGAUUUCAAGGUUGGUUUUUUUUUUUUUUUUUUUUUUUCUUUAUCUGGUACUGCAGUUUGUUUUAAAGAAAUGGUUGUAUCAUUUUUUUAAUAAAGAUGGAAAAGAGUU